AUGGAUCGCUCCACCAACUUCCGCCCCCUGACUGGGCUUGCUGUUCCGGACCCGGAAGAGUGCGAUAUGCUGCUUGGCUCGCCACCGUCCGAGCGCGCUUUUGACUUGCCGAUCGCGGCGCGCCCCGGCCCACCUCCAACGGCUAUGGCCGUCACCUCGCCAGAGCCGACGCGUUCCUCGGGCUCGAAUGCCGCCUCGCCGUCGCUGCCGCGGACAAACAACACGACUCGCUCGGCCUUUUCGCCGCUUUCGACCUCGCCUGCCAUGCCUGGCGUUGUCCCCACUUCGCCGGCCCGCCUCUCGUCGCCGACCACCAUCCGCCGCUCGCUCUCGUUUGACAACGACGAGAACCAGGUGCUGCCGUCGCCGAUGGCGCCGACAGCUAUGGCCAUCUCUCCCAAAGUCCCGCCGCCGACGUCUUCCUCGAUCUUUGAGCCGGAGCGUGCCUCGUCGCCUGUUGCCGCCAUGAUUGCUGCUCGCACGCACCGGCCGCACUCGCGCCCGCAGGCCCACUCGAUGUCGAGCUCUUCGCUCAAGCUGCGCAAGGCCGUGUCAAUGGCGGCCAUUGCCUGCGAGCCGGCGCGCCCGCGCUCGCUCUCAGUCCGCGCUCCGCCGGCCACCGCCGCGCUCAACAACGUCCGCUCGUCUGGCAAUCUUCCGCCGCGGCCUAAAUCUCGGUCAGGCUCGCUCAAGCGGACGCGCUCGGUGCACUCGCUCAAGAAGAAGCGGUCUAACAUUCUCUCGGCCUCGGCCUCGGCGUUGCCGAUCCCACAACCAACUGCUGCUGCAGCCGCUGCUGCUACUGUUGCCUCUCCAGAGUCGCAUGAGAACAAGGCCAAGCUUCCUGUUCUCGAGACCGGCCCGGCCGAGUUCAAGUACAUCUCGCCCAAGAUCCUCGUCGAUGUUAUGGAGGGCAAGCACGACGAUGUUGUCUCCAAGCUGUACAUCAUCGAUUGCCGGUUCCCUUACGAGUAUGAGGGCGGCCACAUCGAGGGCGCGCUCAACCUCCAUACCACCGCUCUGCUCGAGGAAUUCUUCCUCACCACUAUCAUGACGGACCCGGUGCCCACCAUCGUCUUUCACUGCGAGUUCUCGUCCAAGCGCGGGCCGACCCAGUGCCGCCACCUCCGCUCCAUGGAUCGCAUGAUCCACGCCGAGCUGGAGGAGUGGACCUCGCUCUACUACCCGGAGAUGUAUAUUCUUCAGGGCGGAUACAAGGGCUUCUACACGCUGUACAAGUCGCGCUGCAACCCGCAGGCCUAUGUCUCCAUGUUUGAUGCAGACAAGGAGACCGAGAUGGAGCGCUGCUCGCUCAUGAACAACUUGCGCAAGAGCUACAAGCGCUCGCGCUCGUUCUCAGACGUCUCCAAGUACUGCAGCCUUGCCCGCUCGCGCUCCGAGUCCACCAUCUCGUCCGAGGCCUCCGAGGACCUGGCUUCGCCUGCGCCGCUUGCCGAUGUUACCAACCAGCUCGUCACGGCCAACGACGCCAUCUCGCCUGCCCUUCCCUCCUUCUCGCACGCCUCUCCAACUGCGCCCCUUGCUCGGUGCUUUGCUACCACCGGCGAUGACAAUGACGAUGACGACGACGACUCAGACGACGACGACGUCCGCUCCUCGGUCAAGUCGCUGGGCUUUGGCUCGCCUUCCGACUCGGACGACGACUCGGACUUUGACCCAUGGGGCAUGUCCGCCUCGCCCAUGUCGCGCCCGCGCCGCCGUCGUCGUACGCUCUGCGAUCGGAAGCCGACCAUCUCCCAGCGUUCGCUCUCCGUUUCCAACCUGUCCCGUCCGCACACUUCGCUGCUUUGACAAUCAACGCCGGGUGCGGCCCUGUAAACUCCUUGUAC